GAUGGCGUCUGUCACGUACAUCUGAUCGGGAGGUGUGCGAGUACCCCUCUCAUUCGUACACAACCCAAUGGUGACUGUAACGGGAUUUUUUUAGUUGUUAAUUCAUAAGUCAUUAUCCCCUAAAACUUAAUGUCAACGUAAUCGCAAAAACAAGUUGUCGAGGGGUUUCAGUGACUCAUGAGGAAUGUUUCGCGCGGGCUCGAUGAAUUUGGAUAUCGUCGCGGCCGCCGGCGGCGCGCACUAGAUCAUCACAAUGUUCAGCAAGAAACUUCAUGUAGACGUCAAGAAGUCGACGCUAAAGAUACAAGAUGUGAAGAAGGACAGUGCGACGAGGUUCAAGCAUUUGAAGAUUGUUCUGGAGAAUGUGGACACAGACGAGGCGAAGGGCUUCUUCGAGGGCAACUUCAGUCAUGUCUACUUCAUCCUGUACGACUGCUUCGUCACGGCUGAGGCGAACCUUCGACAGAGAGAACUAUCCUUCCAUCUUGUGCACAAAGCCCACCGCGAGGAGCUCGAGCAGGUCCUGCAGCUGCUGGAGAAGGUGUUGACGCUCCUCCCUGAGCUGUUGAACCGUCGCUGGCAGUGCCACAGCCUAGCCCGAAUUCUCCACAAGCUCCUGCACCCAGGCAACAGCUGGAAGCUCCGCCGCCAGGCGCUCCGCUACUUCAUCCUGUGGUACCAGGCCCUGGGGGACAAUGCCCCGGACCACAUCCACCAGAUGUUCGCCUCCCUGGUCCCAGGCUUCCCUCCUCCCCCGCCAACGAGUCGGCCAGAGCGUCGCCCAAAGCCGAGCCAGUCCGCCCCCCAAAAUCCCCCAAACCCCGAGGAAAAAGAGAAACGCGAGUUCUUCGACACUCAACACGUCACCUCCAUCUUCCACUGCAACAACUCCCAGCAGGGUCCAGUGACCCAGCCAAAUGGCACCCCAUUGUUGCCAGUGCAAAGUGGUGAGAAGCCCCUGGACAACGAGACCCUCCGCUUCUUCGAGGCUCUUCUCGAGUUCAUGGUGACCCAAGUCGUCAAGGUCGAGUGGAGGGACAAGCACACACGUCAGCACAAGUGCCUCCAGUUCCUCCUGGAGCGCUUCAAGGCCACAUAUCUUCGGUACAUCUGUCCAGAGUUUGACGACAACUUCUCCCUGUACAAGCCCAACUUGGAGCUGCCGACGAUGAGGCAGCAGUCGCCGAAUUCCCAGAGCAACUACACCCUCUGCAAGGUGGCACUGAUCAAGUGGCUGGCCAGCUUCACCCACGUCACGAAGAAGGACGGACCCUUCAUCAAUUCACAGAUGACACCCAGUGAUGAGCACGACAACGAAGUGAAGAGGGCGUCGAUAAAUCAGAGUGUUGAUUCGAACUCGUUGUCCCCUGACGUUCCCCAUCAGGAUGGCCAAGCUGACGAUGGACAAGCUGCUGUUCUGCUGGUGAGAGAGGUGCUCUAUGGCAGCAGGGACAACGUCAAUUUCGUUCACGAGAUUUAUCGACAGGCUUUCCUCCUGGACUUCACACAUGCCGGGGCGAUACGAAAGGCCAUCGCUGUUUACAAGGAUUGGGUGCAGAUGAACGAGAUCCCUCCGUUCAUGCUGGAGCCUCUCGAGAGCCACAAGGAGAAGGAGGGGGAGGAGGUCGUCAGGAGGGAGGGGGAGAGCGACAAGAGCCCUUCUGACAGCUGGAGGCAGACGAGGCUCAGGAAUGACUCGUACCUCGGGGCCAUUCACAGGGAGAAUUUGUUCGUGAGGGCUGGACUGCAGAGUGUUCUGCAGGUCUUCAUCACGCAGGCGUCGAAUGUCUUUUUUCUGGAGAGCUCGGGGGGGCUGGCUAGUGCUGCACUGCUGGAGGAGCAGAUCGACAGCUGCAAGAGGGUGCUCAAUGUCUAUAGGUAUGUGGUGAUGCAUGCCAGGUUGGAACCGAGCACUUGGGACCAACUGUUGAGGGUUCUACUCCAGAUAACCUCAUUAGUCCUGGGGGACAAGUCCUCCAGAAAGAAGACGCACGAGAGCAUCGGGGGAAAGCUCGCACCUGCAAUCUUCCAGACGUUGAUUGUCACCUGGAUAAAGGCGAAUCUCAAUGUCGUCAUCUUGACGCAGCUGUGGGACGAGUUUCUGGAGGUGCUGACGAGCCUCACACAGUGGGAGGAGCUCAUCAGGGAGUGGGCGAAGACUCUGGAUACAUUGACGAGGGUUCUAGCGAGGCAUGUUUAUAAUUUGGAUCUCAAUGAUCUGCCCUUGGACAGGCUCAGCGAGCAGAAGAGCAAGAGGAGGAGGGGCGUGGGCUGCAGAACUGCUUCUGCCAACAAUGUUCAGAGCCCCAGGAGGGGGAGCAUCGACAGGGAGACCAGCAACAUCAGCAAGGAGAAUGUUCCAGACCACCCAUCCCGAGAAUUUCGAAAACACCGACCCCUACCGCGCAGUGUAAGUGACAACAACAUCUACAGCAUGAAGAGUCGUACAAAACAACAGAAAAAUCGAGCACCAGUUACUCACUUCGAAAUCCCUGCCCAAUCCAUUUCAUCGCGUGCAGCACUUCCCCUCUCCAUUGAACGAGACAUGGCUAAACUGGUGAACCACAAUGCGACGAAUGCAACACCAACAGCCGCUGGAAGGAGAAAAAAUUUGGCUGGGAGACGCGCCAAAUCAUUGGACAGUGUUGUUGUUCCUGACAGUGAACCUGCCACUCCUAGGUGUCCCUCGCCGACACCCAGCAGUGGAGUUGACUCCAACAAAGACAGUCCCAUUCAGAUCGAGAACAUUGAUGGAAGCAGCAUUGACACGAGUGACGCAUCAGAGAGAAGAUCAGUGAUGGCAGGAGGUAACGUGCGCGGUUGGCUGCCGGACGUGGCAGUGGUCCUGUGGAGGCGAAUGCUCUCAGCCCUUGGCGACGUCAACAACAUUCAGGACCCAGUGUUGCACGGUCAAGUGAUGGAGUAUCUGGUGCAGUUGACGCAGACGCUGAUAAAAAUCCGACUGAACCAAGGGGUAUCGGGUGACAAUCAGGCGACCCCUCCAGCCCCCGAGCUCAUUCCCCCCCUGACGGUGAUAGCCCCCUGGUGCUUCAAGGCCAUUCAACUUCCGCCUCACUACGAAGUGGGAAAACUCGCGGCCUAUCGACUCAUCUGUCUCCUGACUGUCCAGCCCCUCGACAUAAAUUUACCAAAGGCACAUCUGACACUCUUCUAUCGAGCUGUGCACAAUGGCAUCACCAGCAAUGACACCAAAGUCAUUCACGCCUUGAUCAAAUACACUGGCCCUAGGUUUUUCAGUCUCAAACUGCCAGGAUCUAGUUUACUGAUUCUGGAUUACAUUCACGCGGCCAACAGCAUCCUGGGGAGUCAGGAUGUCGAGGCGCCCAGGACAGAGGCUGUCUCCAUCCUGGGGUCUCUGCUGUCCCUGCCCAUAUCAGCUGGCAAUUUCCCCGUCUUUCAACCGAAUGCCAGUGAGAUCGAGACCAUCAUGUGCCCUGACGCCAAGGAAUUGAUACUCAAUAUCCUUAUGAGGAGCUGCAGGAGGGAACCCACUGGCGUUGCCAGGUGCAUCGCCCUGUCCAGUGUCGCUAUGUUUGCUUAUGGGGAGCUGUGUCACAGGAGCCAACACCCUAAACUCCCUGAAGCUGUCACUGUUCUUCUUCAGGCGUUGAGGAGGGCACACAGGGCUGGCAGACGAAGGGACCGGUUCCAUGCACUAUUCCCGUAUAAGGCAACACAUCCCUCGGUCGCUCAGGUCGCCUGUGAUUCUCUCAUCCUUCUGUGCGAUAAGGCAGACGUUUUCCUGGAAAUUUAUCCAAGGAUUCCAUAUAAAAUUAUUCAGAUUCUCUCUGAAACCCUGGACACAAUGACAGUUCGUGAGCGUCGAAGUGCCCUGACCACAUCGAUGCUCUUCUGCCUCGGUGAAUGGGCGAUGCAUUUAGGCCCCAGAGUCCUCUCCACGACAUUCCAAGGGAAACCCCUGCUCCUCACAAUCUUCACAGUUCUCGACAACAUAAUGCACAACAGAUCCGACAAGUCGAUCCACGACCUGUCCCGCCACUCUCGCCACCAGAACGACGAGCAAGACGACUUCGAUCAGGACAUAAGCAUCGACGACCUGGGAAAGGACUCCACCAGCACCCCUCGGCACACAAACAGCCAGGCAGUCCAGCAAGCAGCAAAAAUGGUGACAAUGCACUUGGUGAAUCACCUGGGGCACUUCCCCAUGGGCAUAGGAGCAGCCAGGCUCUCCUCAACAGUUGUAGAACUGGACGACGUACCUGGAAUCGACGGAGACGAGCUCUCCUCAGCGAUAUUUCACGCGCCAAACAUUCAGCUCCUGAUGCUGUCCAACUCCAUCAUAAUGUCCCUGGUGGAGCUGCAGGCCCUGGAGCCCGGAGACUCCGGCCUCGUGACAGCCCCCUCAACCGUCAGAGUUCUGCUGCGAGAUCUGGCUGGCAAAGCAGCCUGGGACUGCUCGAUCCUCUAUCGUCAGCAGGAGGAGAAGGAGGGCUCGAGUGACCUGAGAGACCCUCCGAAGCCCCUGGACCACCUCCAGGAGGACAACGACUCCCUCAGCAUCACCCAGCCCCCCAGGCACGUGACGAGGCCCAGAGAUCCCACAGUCCUUCCUACUUUCGCGAAUGCAGCCAGUGACAUGGACAACCUCGAUGACCUCCUCAACUACAUUGGCCACACGUCUCCAGAGGUCCUCACCAACCCUGAGAUGCCUCUGAACGCCCCAGCGAACUCCCCUCCAGUCAACUGCAUGGAGCACGAGACGAUAACAGCAAUUAUAAGUCAACGAAACACCUCGAGGGAGUACGUUCAGGGCUGCAAUCAGCUGGUGGGCAUGAGGGCACCACCAGCUGUUCCACCACCUUCUAGGCCCCCUCCAGCUCCCUUUCACCACUGCAGACUAUUGUUCUCCCACCUGGGGCUGUCUGGCUGGGAGCAGAGGAGGAGAUUGCAUCUUCUUUCGAAGAAUGAGAAGCUCCUGAGGGAGCUGAGGAAUCUCGAUGGCCAGAGGUCCAGGGAGACCCACAAAAUGGCGGUGAUAUAUGUGGGACAGGGACAGGAGGACAAGAAUUCUAUUCUGGGGAAUGUCACUGGCAGCAAGGAGUACGAGAGCUUCGUUGCCAGAUUAGCUUGGGAGGUGGAGUUGGAGAGUCACACUGGGUUCAGGGGCGGGCUGGUACCCGGAAAAGCCAGUGGAACCACUGCCCCCUAUUUUGCCACGUCCUUUGUGGAAAUUUUGUUUCAUGUCGCCACGAGAAUGCCCUCCGACAGCCCUGAGAGCCUGCUGCAGAAGACUAGACAUCUUGGGAAUGAUGAGGUGCAUGUCGUGUGGUCGGAGCACUGGAGGGAUUACAGGAGGGACAUCAUUCCUACGGAAUUCUGUGAUGUCCUCAUCGCUAUUUAUCCGCUGCCUAAUAAACUGUACAGAGUGCAGAUUGCCAGGAAAAUGGAGAUACCUUUCUUUGGGCCGCUCUUUGAUGAGAGCAUUGUCGAGGACGAUGUGCUGCCCGGGCUUGUCAGGGCCACUGCACUCGCUGCCAGCAGGGCCAAGAGGUCCACUCUGUCGCUGUAUCAGCAUUAUUACGAAGAAAGAAAUCGUUCGAUUGAUACGGUUAUGAGAAAUCACAAGGAAUCAACAACAUUCGAAGAAUUUGCUGCCAACGUUUAUGCACCUGUUCAACCGAUGAGUCCGUUCAGUGGAGGAUCAUCUGUCACUGGGUCGAUUACAAGUGUUCAAUCAACAGCCUCGUCGAAUCUAGCUGCAGCCCUCCUGGACUCCCACCACGGUCGUCCCAGUCUGAGAAAUAAUUCCUCAUCGAGUGGUGUUGAUAAUCGCACGAACAGAGCUUCUGACGGUAGCAGAGUUUGGUUCAGCGCUGACACGCAGGACAGUCCAGCACUGCACGGCAUAUCGCCUCGGCCCCUGAAGAAGAUGUCGUUCAAGACGGGCCCUAAACACCGGAGCAGCAGCACUCAACAGUCCACACCGCCAGACAGUCCGAGAUACAAAUAAAGUAUCAAUUAUUUUAUUAAUAUCGGCGUUUUCGGUUUUCCGUCCCUUAGGCAUAAUUCAGUUUUACCGUUUUCUAUUACUAUGUACAGAUUUGUUUACGUCUGGUUAAUUCGAGUAAUUUAUUGUGACACCGAGUGAUUUGUCGUCUUGAGAAAGCGAUGAGAUGUCAUUCUAAUUUAUGGAGAUGAGAGUUUCUCUUGAUGUCUUGUUCCAUUUGUGGUGAAGUGUACAAUUGGCGAAGGAACUCAUUGAAUAGAUUUUUAUGGAGCUUGUCAAUGAGCAAUUUGAGGAAAAGAUGGCAAGAGAUAUUUUUGUAGUCAAUGAAAUUUUCUACAGAAUAGAUCUCGACGUUUUUGCCCAGUUGACUUGAAUCAUUUACCACUGAACUCCGAAAAUUCAGUUGAACCAAAAAUUGAACGUGAAACAUUCCUUCAUGAGUUUGCUCGAUGGGAAUUGAACUUUAGCAACGUAAAAUCAUCAUUUUUACGUCCUCCAAUCAACUAUUUGAAGUCAGUUGAAUUUUUAUCACUUGGAGACUAGACUUUAUCGAUACUUAGGUAUUAAUUGGAUGAUUGAAUUAAUUAGGUGAACAUAAUUGAUUACAUUUAAAGAAACUUUGAGAUGAAAAAAAAACGAAAGAAAUCUUAAGAGUAAAUCAUGGCCAAAGCAGCAUUAUUUUUUCACUAAUUAGCCGACUAGAUGUUGAUGACGAGUGAGAGAGAUUUGAAGCGAGAAAAUAUAUUGUAUGUAAUGUACAUAAGUCACUGUACGAUAGGUGAGGGCCACACCGGGGCGAGGAGAAAAAAAUUUAUGAAAAAAUCAUGUGAAAUUCAUUUUUAUUUCACAAUCGUAAUCGAAUGAAUUUUAAUCGCACGAUGCGCUUCGAACAAAAUGAAAAUAUUAAUUAAACUCAAUGAAAUGAACGUCAGUGUGGGUCUUUAAGUAUUAAAAAUAUCAGACGCACGGAAGAAGUUAUUUAAUGAGAGUAAAGGGAAAAAAAACAUUCGUAACAUUGUACUUAAUGUUUGGAGAUACCACUUAUCAAUUUAACAGAUCAAUUAACAAUGAGAUGGUGAUUUUAAUUGUCCUGGUGGAUUAUAAUAUAUUUUUCUCAUUUAUUGUUUGAUUAUGGAGACGUCCAGGAUUCAUUUGAUCCUGGAGGAGGCGAGAAAUAAAUUAUUAUGAGCAAAUGUCAAU